UCGGCGCGGGGAGCCGGGCGGCAGGGCUGCGGUCCCCGACUGGGGCUCCCCUGGCCGGCCCGCCUUUCCCCGCCGGCCUCCCCUCGGGGUCGGAGCCCGGGCGGGCGGCCCCGGCGAUGAGCCCGGACUCCAAGUGGCCGAUGUGACAGCAUGGGGGUGGAUUUUGAUGUGAAGACCUUCUGCCACAACUUGCGGGCCACCAAGCCGCCGUACGAGUGUCCCGUGGAGACCUGCCGCAAGGUCUACAAGAGCUACAGUGGCAUCGAGUACCACCUGUACCACUAUGACCACGACAACCCGCUGCCCCCGCAGCAGACCCCGCUCCGCAAGCACAAGAAGAAGGGGCGCCAGUCCCGCCCCGCCAACAAGCAGUCGCCCAGCCCCUCAGAGGUGUCCCAGUCGCCAGGCCGCGAGGUGAUGAGUUACGCACAGGCGCAGCGCAUGGUGGAGGUGGACCUGCACGGCCGAGUCCACCGCAUCAGCAUCUUUGACAACCUGGACGUGGUGUCUGAGGACGAGGAGGCCCCUGAGGAGGCCCCCGAGAACGGUAGCAACAAGGAGAACACAGAGACGCCGGCUGCCACCCCCAAAUCGGGAAAGCAUAAGAACAAGGAGAAGCGCAAGGACUCCAGCCAUCACCACCACCACAGUGCUUCCGCCAGCGCCACCCCCAAGCUGCCGGAGGUGGUGUAUCGGGAGCUGGAGCAGGACACCCCUGAUGCCCCGCCUCGGCCGACGUCCUAUUACCGGUACAUCGAGAAGUCGGCGGAGGAGCUGGACGAGGAGGUCGAGUAUGACAUGGACGAGGAAGACUACAUCUGGCUGGACGUCAUGAACGAGCGGCGGAAGACGGAGGGCGUGAGCCCCAUCCCGCAGGAGAUCUUCGAGUACUUGAUGGACCGGCUGGAGAAGGAGUCCUGCUUUGAGAGUCACAAUAAAGGCGACCCCAACGCGCUGGUGGACGAGGACGCCGUGUGCUGCAUCUGCAACGACGGCGAGUGCCAAAACAGCAACGUCAUCCUCUUCUGUGACAUGUGCAACCUGGCCGUGCACCAGGAGUGCUACGGCGUCCCCUACAUCCCCGAGGGCCAGUGGCUGUGCCGCCGGUGCCUACAGUCACCCUCCCGCGCGGUGGACUGCGCGCUCUGCCCCAACAAGGGUGGGGCCUUCAAGCAGACGGAUGAUGGACGCUGGGCCCACGUGGUGUGUGCCCUGUGGAUCCCCGAGGUCUGCUUCGCCAACACGGUCUUCCUGGAGCCCAUCGACAGCAUCGAGCACAUCCCGCCGGCUCGCUGGAAGCUGACGUGCUACAUCUGCAAGCAGCGGGGCUCCGGGGCCUGCAUCCAGUGCCACAAGGCCAACUGCUACACCGCCUUCCACGUGACCUGUGCCCAGCAGGCUGGCCUGUACAUGAAGAUGGAGCCCGUGCGGGAGACGGGCGCCAAUGGCACCUCCUUCAGCGUCCGCAAGACGGCCUACUGCGACAUCCACACGCCGCCAGGCUCGGCGCGCCGCUUACCUGCCUUGUCCCAUAGUGAGGGGGAAGAGGAGGAGGAGGAGGAAGAGGAGGAAGGGAAGAGCUGGAGCUCAGAGAAGGUGAAGAAAGCCAAGGCCAAGUCCCGGAUCAAGAUGAAGAAGGCACGGAAGAUCCUGGCUGAGAAGCGGGCAGCCGCUCCUGUGGUGUCAGUGCCCUGCAUCCCCCCUCACAGACUCAGCAAAAUCACCAACCGCCUGACCAUCCAGAGGAAGAGCCAGUUCAUGCAGAGGCUGCACAGCUACUGGACGCUGAAGCGACAGUCGCGCAACGGUGUCCCGCUGCUCCGCCGCCUGCAGACACACCUGCAGUCCCAGAGGAACUGUGACCAAGUUGGGAGAGACUCUGAGGAUAAGAACUGGGCCCUCAAAGAGCAGCUCAAGUCCUGGCAGAGGCUCCGGCAUGAUCUGGAGCGAGCCCGCCUGCUGGUGGAGCUGAUCCGAAAGCGAGAGAAGCUCAAAAGGGAGACGAUCAAGGUCCAGCAGAUCGCCAUGGAGAUGCAAUUGACUCCUUUCCUCAUCCUUCUUCGCAAAACCUUGGAGCAGCUCCAAGAGAAGGACACAGGCAAUAUCUUCAGCGAGCCGGUCCCUCUGUCUGAGGUAACCGAAUUGGACGAAGUGCCUGACUACCUAGACCACAUCAAAAAGCCCAUGGACUUUUUCACCAUGAAGCAGAACUUGGAGGCUUACCGCUACCUGAACUUUGAUGAUUUUGAGGAGGACUUCAACCUCAUCGUCAGCAACUGCCUCAAGUAUAACGCCAAGGACACCAUCUUCUACCGGGCGGCCGUGCGGCUCCGUGAGCAGGGCGGCGCUGUCCUCCGCCAGGCCCGGCGCCAGGCAGAGAAAAUGGGCAUUGACUUUGAGACGGGCAUGCAUAUCCCACACAACCUGGCCGGAGAAGAGGCCCCACAGCACACUGAAGAUGCCGCCGAGGACGAGCGGCUGGUCCUGCUGGAGAAGCAGAAGCACCUGCCAGUGGAGGAACAGCUCAAGUUGCUGCUGGAGCGGCUGGAUGAGGUGAACGCCAGCAAGCAGAGCGUGGGCCGCUCACGCCGCGCAAAGAUGAUCAAGAAGGAAAUGACGGCACUGCGGCGGAAGCUAGCCCACCAGCGGGAGAGUGGACGGGAUGGGCCCGAACGGCACGGCCCCUCCGGCCGGGGCAGCCUGACACCCCACCCAGCAGCCUGUGACAAGGAUGGGCAGACGGACAGUGCCGCCGAGGAGAGCAGCAGCCAGGAGACUAGCAAAGGCCUGGGUCCCAACAUGUCCUCAACCCCCGCACAUGAGGUGGGCAGGAGAACCUCAGUUCUGUUCUCCAAAAAGAACCCGAAGACAGCUGGACCGCCCAAGAGGCCGGGCCGGCCCCCCAAAAACCGGGAGAGCCAGAUGACCCCCAGCCACGGAGGCAGUCCUGUGGGCCCCCCUCAGCUGCCCAUCAUGGGCUCCCCACGUCAGCGCAAGCGGGGUAGGAGCCCCCGGCCCAGUUCGAGCUCAGACAGCGACAGUGAUAAAUCCACAGAAGACCCCCCAAUGGACUUACCAGCCAACGGCUUCAGCAGCGGAAACCAGCCAGUGAAGAAGAGUUUCUUGGUGUACCGGAACGACUGCAGCCUUCCCCGGAGCAGCUCCGACUCCGAGUCCAGCAGCAGCAGCAGCAGCAGUGCGGCCUCGGACCGGACCAGCACGACCCCCUCAAAGCAAGGCCGGGGCAAGCCCUCCUUCUCUCGGGGCACAUUCCCGGAAGACAGCAGUGAAGAUACCUCAGGCACUGAGAAUGAGGCCUACUCCGUGGGCACUGGCCGCGGCGUGGGCCACAGCAGUAAGUACCCUCGCCCACGGCCAGGGAUGCCAGGCACCCAGUGCCAGGGCCUUGCCAGCCCCCUGGCUGCUGAUCCGCCCCCUCUCUCCCAUUCCUGUGAAGUGGUGAGGAAGAGUCUGGGCCGGGGAGCUGGCUGGCUGUCGGAGGAUGAAGACUCCCCCCUGGAUGCCCUGGAUCUGGUGUGGGCCAAAUGCCGAGGGUACCCGUCAUACCCAGCUCUGAUCAUCGAUCCAAAGAUGCCCCGGGAAGGAAUGUUCCAUCAUGGCGUCCCCAUCCCUGUGCCACCACUGGAGGUGCUGAAACUUGGGGAGCAAAUGACCCAGGAAGCCCGAGAGCAUCUCUACCUCGUCCUCUUCUUUGACAACAAGCGGACCUGGCAGUGGCUGCCCAGAACCAAGCUGGUCCCGCUGGGCGUGAACCAGGACCUGGACAAGGAGAAGAUGCUGGAGGGCCGCAAGUCCAACAUCCGCAAGUCAGUGCAGAUCGCCUACCACCGGGCCCUGCAGCACCGCAGCAAAGUGCAGGGCGAGCAGAGCAGCGAGACCAGCGACAGCGACUGAGCGAGUCCUGGGGCGCCGGCCUCUGCACUGCCUCAUUCCUGGUCUCCGGCCAGUCUCAGGGGAAGCUGGGUGGGGGGGGUCCCCCGCCCCGAGUGCAGCUGGACUGUACAGAACACUCCACGGGCCAGAGAGACCUCACGGCGGGCUUCGCGGGGCAGGUUAGGACACUGCGCAAAACAGGCCGCCCCGCUCCUGCCAGGACGCCCGGAACUAACUGCCUAGUGGCCCGAGGCCCCAGCAGGUGGUGCGCGGGCAUGUGCCCAGCCUAGCAGUGGGACCCGUGUCCGUCCAGCCCGCAAGAGGGGCACCAGGUGACCCCCUCCCCUGCUGCUGUAAAUACUGUAAUUAGCGGAGAAUUUAAAUUAUUCUCAUUUGUAAUUGCGUUUCCGGGUCGCGCCAGAGUCAUUUGGUACUUAAAAAAAAAAAAAAUCUAAAAAAGGUUGGGGGGGGGCCUGGCCCCAUUCCCUUAUUCCUAUAGAGUUCCCCCUCCCCCCAACCUUUCAAACUGGUUUGUAUUUAUUUCAAAGGAAAAAAAUAUAUAUAUAUAUUGAUUCUUAGAAAAUAAACGGCAUCUGGAAUU